AUGUCUACUAUACUCCGAACCCUGCGAAACUUACGGAAGAUCGGUUUCAAGGAGUAUGGUCACCAGCUACAGUACAUGGGCGAUACGAAGUCUGGUGUCUUGGUUGGCACAGAUCGACUGGGCAACAAAUACUAUGAGAACUUGCAAGAAGACUUGCCAUUGCGAACACGAUGGGUUGACUAUAAAGAGAAAGAGUUUGAUGCUUCACAGAUCGACCCAGGCUGGCAUGCUUGGAUGAGUUACAUGGUUGAUAAGCCACCGUCAGAGGAUGCCCUGUUACAGAUCAAACAGAGACCGUGGGAGAGUCAGAAAGGCCAAGGCAACUACACGCUUAGCCGCAGCAUGUACAAACCAUAUUCGACAGUGAAGCCCAAGCUCAGUGCGUGGACACCUGUGGCGAAACCACGAGAUGGUAAAACUCCCUUUGAGUUGCCACAACCAGUGGAAGGGGCUACCGCAUACGCACAGGAUCCCGAUCCAAAGUCAUAG